AUGUGUAGCCAGACAACAGCCCUUGUGGUGCCAGAGCUAAGGGACGACCUGAUUCUGGGACUGCCCUGGCUCGUCCAGGAGGAAGCCGCCAUUGACUUAAAAUACACGGACCUGUUCAAUGGAGUGCUGACCCAGCAAGCACAGGUGUUCGCUGCCGCGGACAUGCUGCACCGCACCACAGUCACACAACAUACCAUCCCGACACGACCACACGAACCCUGCUUCAUCAAGCCCUUCGGUUUUGGACCUAGGGAGCGGGAGGCGAAGCAGACACAGAUCGCGGUGAUGUUGCGGGAAGGGGUAAUCGAGCCGAGUGAGUCGCCCUACAAUUGUCUGGUGGUGAUGGCUAAGAAGAAGGAUUGCUCACUCCGGUUCUGUGUAAAUUUCAAGCCCAUCGACUCAGUUACCAUCCCUGCACCACCACCAAUCAUCAACAUCACUGAUGCACUAGCCGGGUUGGGGGAGGCCGGCAUAUUCACGUCGCUGGAUCUGAAGUGUGGGUACUGGCAGGUGCCCGUCUGCCUCGACGAUCGGCCCAAGACGGCUUUCACCGCGCCCGACGGCCGCAGGUUUCAAUUCUGCGCCAUGCCAAGCUUCAUCCCCAACUUCGCAGCCAUCACCACCCCCAUGAACGAUCUUCUGUCGCCCAAGUUUCGAUUCCCGUGGACCCCCGAGGCUGACCACACCCUGAACGCCGUCAAGCGCCUGUUCCGGGAGUGCCACACCCUUGCCCGCCUUAAAGCCGCUGAACACAUUUACCUGCAGACCAACGCCAGCCAGGAGGGCAUGGGCGUGGUCCUGUACCAGCUGGGUACCAACAGGGAGCGGCACAUAGUAGAGUACACCAGUGCCAAGUUUGGGCCUGCAGCGCGCCGCUACCAUGUCAACGAGCAGGAGUGCCUGGUGGUCGUGUGGGCCGUGGGGCGCUCCAGGCUUCACCUUGAGGGCAGGCCAUUCAUACUUAGGACGGACAGCCAGUGCCUUAAGUGGCUGGACUCAGCACAGGGGCGGAAAUCAAAAUUCACCCGGUGGGCACUCACCUUGCAGACCUUCGAUUUCAAUGUGGAGCACAUGCCAGUUCGGAAGAAUUAG